AGGAACUAGGGCUCCUCCCGGCCGGUUUUUUUAUCCAAAUCUUCCUGCCACAAACGUUUGAUACAAUCCUAAUCGUGAAAUUUGAAUACAUUUCUUCGUUUUAGAACAAUUAGUAUCUAAGAUUCCCCUUUAACUGUUUCGUAAAUUGCUUGCUGGUCGUGUAGAGGAUCAGAUAUUCAUAGAAAAUGGCGCAGUUCAUGAAUAGACUAGGGCAUUUGGGCCUAACCGUGGCUCUGACUGGAACUGUUGUUAACUCUGCCCUAUAUAACGUGGAUGGUGGUCACAGAGCAGUUAUAUUUGACAGAUUUGCUGGAAUAAAGAACCUAGUGGUGGGAGAAGGGACACAUUUCUACGUACCCUGGGUACAGAAACCUAUCAUAUUUGAUAUUCGAUCUAGACCAAGAACCGUACCCGUUAUAACUGGAAGCAAAGAUCUGCAAAACGUAAACAUCACACUUCGUAUCCUCUUUAGACCAGUGCCAGAGUCCCUGCCCAAAAUCUAUACUAUUCUUGGAGUAGACUACGAUGAAAGAGUAUUACCAUCUAUCACUACCGAGGUAUUGAAGGCUGUAGUUGCUCAGUUCGAUGCUGGGGAAUUGAUCACGCAGAGAGAGCUUGUGUCUCAGAAAGUCAGCGAAGAGUUGACAGACAGAGCCUCUCAAUUCGGAUUGAUAUUGGAUGACAUCUCCCUUACACAUCUAACGUUCGGCAAAGAAUUCACGCAGGCUGUCGAGUUGAAGCAAGUAGCACAGCAAGAAGCUGAAAAGGCUCGUUUCCUUGUAGAGAAGGCGGAGCAACAGAAAAAAGCAGCGGUCAUCACCGCGGAGGGUGACGCUCAGGCCGCUAGCCUAAUCGCGAAGUCCCUAGGUGAAUGCGGCGAUGGUCUUGUCGAGCUGCGAAGAAUCGAAGCCGCCGAAGAUAUCGCACACAAUCUUUCCAAAUCCCGCCAAGUCGCCUACCUGCCGCAAGGUCAAAGCGUCUUAUUAAACCUACCGCACUAAAGAGAUCAGCCGACCCUUACGAAUGACUAUAGACAUAAGUUGUGGCAUUUAUAUCCUAAAUGAUAGCAUUUUGAUGCUAUAUUGGUGUAUGAGAUAAUGUUGCUGGGAGAUGUUUCGUGGAAGCGUUGCAUAGGAAUACAGAUAUAACAUUUCAUAGCAUUUCAAACUUCAGUCCGGUAUUCGACACGUUUCUCUCCACCUUGUACUCGACCCGAACUGCUCGUACGAUUCUUCCCGUGCCUUCUAGGUCUGUAGCUUCAACCGGUUACGUAACAGACACUUGAUAGGCCAAGUGCUACCGUUAGGUUCGUCGCGAUUGACCUGCGAAGCAAGGAGAGCAUUUUCCUUAUUUUUCUUCAUUUUCCAGCUUUUUAGCAACCGAUUGAUCGGAAAGGCAAUUGAUACUUUUUUUCGGCUCACUACCUUGACCUGAGUAAUCCGUGCGAACCUGCGAGUGACACUGUCCAUUUCAGGUAGUCUUUGCCCCACUCUGAUUGCCAACAUUGUAUAGAUCGUCGACCGAGUUCGCUUGUACAUGACUCAGGUAAUAAGGGAAGUAAUAACACUAUGUAGACCCGAGCACGGACUAAAGAAUAAUUAGUACCAUUAGAGUCCAUAACGCAGAGACGCGUGUGCAAUUUUCAACACGCCGACCCCGAAUUAUUGCGUUCGGAACAUAUUUGUGGCAAGUAGUAUGUAUGUAUUAGAGACCAUGCCUGUAAACCAGUUCCAAAUUGUAAACAUUAUUUUUUAGACCGCAA